UACCGAGUCGCACUGUUAUGCGGAGUCAGUGUCUUACGUCAACCCGAUUUAUUUACGAUAGUACCCGGCAGUGACGUAGGCGUUGGACAGUUUUCUUUGCGGUCGCUUUUCGUUCAGCCUGGACUGGAUUGUUUGAGUUUUGAUGUGCAUGAAAAUUAAUAAAGACUUUGUGUUUGGAUUUCUAACUGGGGGACUUUGUUGAUGAUGAUUUUCAUUGAUAAACUCUGCCCCAGUUAACACUUACUGAUGCCCGAAAAACAGGACGGCACUGUGAGGGGAUUGUCCGCCGGCCCGCCUCUAAUGUCUUUUUCGGGGGGGCCUUACGCUGCGUUUUCGUCGGACCCCCUUGCUCCGCCGUUCCCGGAUCGGUACCCCUGGACCCAUCAAGCUCCCCAAGGGUUCCCUCCGCCACCAAGUGUUGCAGCCAGUACAGCCAGUAUUUUGUUAUCGAGAGAACUGCAUCCAGCUUAUCGACUGCCAACUCAUAUGGAUUAUAUGUACUCACUUCAACAUUCCACCGCCAACUCAAUUCAUGGUUUAGGUCUGACUGCUGACUAUCUACAUCCAUCAGCGUCAUUGGCCAGCACUGAAUUUCCUUUCAGCAUAGAUGUUUCAGGAUCCCGCUUGUGUUCACCUCGUUUGGCUAGAGCUUCACGAAAAAGAGCUCUUUCAUCAUCUCCGUACUCAGAUCUCGACCUCACUUCGGUGAUCCGCUAUUCGCCGUCAUCCCUUGUAUCUGUAGCAGCGGGCAGUAGAAGUUCUUCUGUAUGCAGCGGUUCAUUGGGGCAUCUUUCUGCUGCAAACUUUUUUCCAACAGGUGCUUUUAGCCCGGUUCUUCAUCCAGCCCUUUUGUUGCGAGGUCCUGGAACCCCUCUUCCGCACUCUCAUCCUCAUAAUCCCACUUAUGGACUGCCCGGGACGCAGCAUUUGCCUCAUGCUCAGCAUUCGGCUCCACUUCCCAAGACUGAUAUUUUAAGUGAACGAAUAAAGACAGAACUGAGCCAUCAGCAGAAUGAGGGUGAUAGUCGCAGAAACAGCAGGGUGAAAAAGGAGCCGUCUAAUAACAAUCCCUCGGAAGGCAGUGGAGAGCAGGUAGAUCUCAAAGAUGAGCCUGGAGACUUUAUAGAAACACAUUGUCAUUGGAAAGACUGCGGUGUGGAUUUCAGCACACCGGACGAACUAGUCAGGCACAUAAGUAGCGACCAUAUUCACUUAAAUAAGAAGUCUUUUGUGUGCCGAUGGAAUGAAUGCUCACGAGCCGAGAAGCCAUUCAAAGCCCAAUACAUGCUGGUUGUUCACAUGCGUCGGCAUACAGGCGAAAAACCCCACAAAUGCACGUUCGAAGGAUGCGUGAAGGCCUACUCACGACUGGAAAAUCUCAAGACCCAUCUCAGAUCUCACACGGGAGAAAAACCAUAUACUUGUGAAUAUCCAGGUUGCGCCAAAGCGUUCAGCAAUGCUUCGGAUCGGGCCAAACAUCAGAAUCGCACACACAGCAGUGAGAAACCGUACGUGUGCAAAGCCCCCGGUUGCACCAAACGAUACACGGAUCCUUCUUCUCUCCGUAAACACGUGAAAACCGUUCACGGUGCGGACUUUUACGCCAGUAAAAAGCACAAAGGGAGCCAUGAAGAUGGUUCUGGUGGUACCAAUGGACGGAUGGAUGGGUCUCCGCGCAGCGACGACGGUACCAAAACCGUAAGUCUGAGCAGUCCAUCGGUUAAGAGUGAGUCCGAUGUGCAUUCACCGCAAGCCCAAGAUAGUCCCAUCGGGGGUCAGGAUAUGGACACUUUGCACUUUACCACACCGGGUACAGUCGAUACUUUGGAAGAUUGGACUGCUGAAGCUGAAGACUUGGAUCUGGAAGAACUACCGGUGGUGUUGCGAGCUCUAGUGGGAGGAGGAGCUGCACCAGUACUGGCUGCACCUCCACGAAUACGAAAGCCAGUUGGCAGGCCGAGAAAUUCGGUUCGGAACAUCACAGACCUGAAUACGCGCAUCACCAACCUCAGGAUGGAACCGGGUAACGCACAGCCGCCUCAAACUAAAACUCAGCUCACGGAACUUCAGCAGAGGCUGCAGCCGCCUCUUUCUCAGCAACAAGCCCAAAUCAGAAGGGACAGCAACUCGACAGUUAGUACCUACUAUGGCAGUAUGCGAAGCGCUGACAUGAGCAGGAAGAGCAGUGUUGCUUCACAGGUUUCAAAUAUGCGGCAAGGCCCCAGUUCGUUUUAUGACCCAAUAUCAGCGGGAAGUUCACGCAGAUCCAGCCAACUUUCAACUGCAACCACUGGCGGCCAGUGUCUUUUUCCUCCAGCUUCUUCUCAUCGGUUUCCGGGGCCAACUCAACGACCACCAGGAUACUCACCUUCGUGCAAUUUAAUAACGCAGAAUCAGUCAGUCAAUCUGCAUCAACUGAAUAACCAUUCCGUGACAUGGGCGUCCACUACAAGCUCAGAAGGGCGGAGAGCGUCUGAGCCUAGUCGGCUUGGAAUGGAACCGCGCGGCCCCGAAUCAGGCCCCACCGCUCUAAGCCCGCUGCCGCUCAGAAGGGUUCAAAGCUCAACCGAACUGCACCCGAACCAAGCAGUGCAGCUGGACGAAGUAGGCGAAGGGGAAAUGGUUGAGAACAAGCUGGUCCUCCCGGACGAAAUGCUGAUGUACUUAAACCAAGUCGCUGAUCAACAGGUCCCGAACUGGUCGGAACCGGCGGCUGAGCCAUCCAACGCCUUUGCUUGUCAAGUGAACAACUUCACCAAAGCGCAGUCGCCGCCCGCAGCUCAAAUGCCGCAGAUGAUGUUGCCUCAAAUGCAGACGCCUCUGUCGCCCAGAAACCAAGUGAUGCCCGCCUCCGGUUACCAAAACAUGACGUCGCCGAGUCAGCAAAUGAUUGCUUCUCCUGCUAGCCAAAUAAUGCCAAGCCCUGCGGGUAAUCUGGAGCAUAUCAGAUCUCCUGUGCCCCAGAUGAUUCCCUCUCCUGGUCAAGCUGCCAACUAUAACUUUAUCGGCUCUCCUGGCUCGAUCUACAACGAAAUGCAAUAUAAUGCGUUGUCUCCGGCCACCGGGAAUAUGGCAUCUUCCGCUUCGGUUUAUGGCCAAAUGGUAGCUUCUCCGAUGUCCGCCCGAUGUCCACCACAGCAUAUUGUUUCGCCUUGCUCAACGCAGCCAAUGCCGCAGCAACAAGCUCAAGGAAUAGCAGGGUCUCAUCAAGGCGGUGCCUUACAACAGAUGGCAAAGAACUGUCAUCAGCAGACUGCGCAGACUAAUAUGGUGCCUCAGCUACGACAAGAACCGAACUUCAACGGCAAGAAUACGAGACAAAUUCCACAACCCCCCAAAGCUUAUUCGGGAAUGAAUAAUUGGUGUGGAAACAACCAGAAUUCGGGAUACGAAGCUCCGCAGUGCCAAAACCCAAUGCAGAUGGGAUAUCCGACCAAUGAUUAUUCGCAGCAGUACAGCGUUAACAGGCAGCAACUGUCUCAAACUCACCCAACAAUCAACAAUUAUCAAGGGGUGCAAACAGCGCUUCCGUCUCCUUCCGCCGGAGCUCCUGCGCCUACCGGCUACGGGGAGGCGCCUGUUAUGCGUCCAGAAACUUACCAGCGCACAUUAGAAUACGUACAAUCUUGUCAGAGCUGGAACGCCUCCUCCAACGAUCAACCUCCCAAUUCCAAUAUGGUGGUAGGCGACAUGACCUCCUCGUUAAGUUCACUAUUGGAGGAAAACAGAUAUCUCCAAAUGAUCCAAUAAGGUCAUUUAUUUUAGUGAAUUACGUAUAGUUUUUGAAGCGUUUUAUUGUUGUAACGUGAAAGGCGAUGAUUUCACAUUACAGUGUAAAUAUGUGCACUGGACGAGUGAAACAUGUACAGACUCAUUUUAUUUCAGAAACCGUCUAUCUUAGUUCGAAGUUGUUGCUAAUUUAAGUUUUUCAGUUAGCUCAGGAAGGAGUUUGCAUAGCAGCAUAAUUUUCACUCAAGAAGCAAAUAAUUGCUUCUUGAAAUUCAUCAUAAUUAAUAAAUCAAGUUAUAGAGAUCAAUCAGGAAUGUAAUUUUCCAUUUAGAUGAUGAAACUAAAUUUGAGCAUCUUGUAAAGUGAAAAAUACUUUGCAAGUUGACAAUGUUUGCAUCAAAUCUGUUAAUUUUUGUUAACGUUUUGUUGGAUUAACGUCAAUAUUAACUAGCAGUAGAUUAAAUAACCGUGCAGGGAAAUGCUGAAAAAUGUUUAGUGCAUAAGAUAAAUUGUUAUUGUUAACUUUCAUGCAUUGUAAUGUUUCGUUCGAAUAUUCCAAGCGGAUUUCGAGUUUUAUUAACGCAGUUAAUUUACGUAAUUUUAAAGAUCCAGUAAUUCGCAAACUGAACGUUGUGUUUAGUGUGCCAAUCACUAAAGUCUGGGUUUGGGAAAAAAAUGAACUAUUAUUGACGGUUUUACAUGAUUUUUUAAUAUCGAUCUCGAUGUAAUCGUCGCCUUUCUUCUUAGAUGAUUGAUAUUAUGUACAUGUGAUAUUUUUUUUGUUUGCAUAUAAUAUUUAUGUAGCAAUAAUAUGUUUAUUGAGAUAGUUUUAUAAAGUUUGUAAAGUACACUUUCAAUUAGGAUUUGUAAAGAUUUUAUAAUAAAACACACAGAUUUAUCUAUU